GCCAAAUAAUUAUAAAAGAUUUAUCAUGAAAGCAAGAAUAAUAGAUAUUUUCACUAGAUUCUUUAUUAAAUCAACAAUUAAAUGCAGUUCUAAUGAAACUGUUCACAUAAAGUUUUCAAAGUUUUCGACCAGAUUUGUUCAAGAAUUAAUAAUUACAAAGCUAGCAAUAAUUGGCUAUGAAUUUGAGAAAAUGACUGAUAAAGAACCUCCAAAACCAUUAAAACAAGCGUGGUAUCAUUAUCAAACCUAG